UUCCGGCCCGAGUCAUCCUGGGUGGCUUCGGUUCCGCCCUUACUUUGUCGCUACUAUUCCGACACUAAAAUGGCUUACUUUACACUGCCAUGUCUACCAACAAGAAAUCCAAGAACGCUGACAAAAACACCCUCGUUGUCACUGCUGCCCAGAGUCGCUUUCACGUCGACGCUGUGGACGUCCCGACAUCAAAAGAAAUCGACGUACAUGAUCUGAGUAUUUCCAUUGGCGGAAAAGAAAUCCUUGCACAUACCAACCUUAAACUGCAAGAAAAUGUUCAUUAUGUGCUUGUAGGUCGCAAUGGAAUAGGCAAAUCAACCCUGCUGCGUGCGCUGGCCGAAGGACGUAUCCCUGGAGUAUCGUGGGGCCUUCGCAUGCUUCUCCUUGGUCAAAACGUUCUGGUAGGGACUGCCCUUGAUCCAGCUACAGCCGGUGCUGGACAAAGUAUAGUGCCCACAGUAUUUGGUCACGUCAUAAGCAGCGAUUCCAGGCGUCAGCGCGCCCUCAAAGAUGUCCAAGCACUUUCUGAAGCACUAGAGUCUAUAAGUCCUCUUGAUAUUGUUACAACGGUUAGGAAAAUUGAACAUGAUCAACUCGAAAGGAAGCUAGCAGAGAUGAAAGAAAUCGCUUCGUACAGGAGCGGUGCUCGCGGUGCCAAAGCUCGGAAAGAGUUGACUGCUGCUGAAGAGAGGGUAGCUGCUUCUUCAGCGUUGUUGCUACAGGAUGGUGCGGAGGUCGAUUCACUGACCAUCCAACAAGCGUCUACCACCGCUAUCGACAAAUUAGCAGAGUUGGAAGCUCUACUAGAUUCUAUCAACUCAGGUAGUGCCGAAGCCCGUGCGCGUACUAUCCUCUUGGGCCUCGGUUUUCAACCAGAGCAACUCGAUCAACCAUUCGGUUCGCUUUCGGGCGGAUGGCGUACCCGAUGUGAGCUCGCAUGCGCACUCUUUCAGAAAGUCGACAUCCUGCUUUUGGACGAGUGUACCAACUUCCUUGACUUGCCUGCAGUCGUUUGGCUUCAGUCGUAUUUGCACUCCCUCGAAGACACUACUGUUCUUGUCACCACACACGACCACGAUUUUGCUGAUGCAGUGGCACAAGAACUGCUUAUUCUUCGCGAACAGAAAAUCGAGACGUUCAAAGGAAAUCUAUCAGCUUUUGAAAUGGAGAGAAGGAAACAGAUCAAAUGGAUGACUCGCAUGAAGGACGCAGCGGACAAGAAAACUACUCAUAUGGAAGAGUCUAUUCAAUCUAACAUUAACGCAGCCAAGCGGACGGGGGACGAUAAGAAGCUCAAACAAGCUGUCUCGAGGAAGAAGAAGAUCGAAGAACGCUUGGGCCUCGAAGUUGGUGCGAAGGGAACGAGGUUUAAGCUGAAUAGAGAUUUAGCUGGGUACCACCUGAAGAAUAGGGCAGACUUGCACAUACCAACAAUGGACCCGCCGGUCAAAAUCGCACUUCCCUCCGAACCACCCCCGCUGCGGUAUCCUGGAGCCCUUGUCAGCUUCGAGCAUGUAUCAUUUCGAUAUACAUCGAAGAAUCCCAUGAUCUUGUCAGAUAUUACUUUUUCACUUCAUUCCGGAGAACGCAUCGGGUUGUGUGGGAUGAAUGGUCACGGAAAGUCGACGGUCGUAAACCUAGUCGUAGGGGCGCUCAAACCUACGCAAGGAACUAUCAGUCUUCAUCCGCGCUUGAGGAUGGCACAUUUUUCUCAGCAUGAAGUUGAAAAGCUCACUGAGCUUGGGUCCAUGCAGCCUACUACAACUGCGCUCUCACAUCUCCUUCAAUUGACCCCAAAGGCAUUGAAUGAACCCACAGCACGAAGGAUUCUCGGCUCCUUAGGUCUGUCCGGGCCAACGGUGUCUGAUGUGCCAUUGGCUAAGCUUUCCGGUGGACAGAAAGUCCGCGUGGCUUUAACUGCGUGUCUUCUGUCGGGAUCUGGGGAAGAGGUAUAUGUGGCACCACAUCUACUUGUGCUCGAUGAAGUCACUACACAUCUAGACAGCGACACCAUUACCGCACUGGUAGAUUCCCUAAUGAACUUUGAAGGCGCUCUGCUGGUAGUGACGCAUGACCGCUACUUCAUGCGAGCUGUCGUCGAAGGCGAGCUGGAUGAGGGAGAUGAGGAUGAUAGUGAUGACGCUGAUCACAAAGCAAGGGCGAGACCAACUACAAAGGGGAGGGUGUACAGACUUGUGAAGGGACAAUUGAAACUACUUGAAGGAGGGAUGAGAAAGUACGAGCAGAUUGCAGAGAAAGCCGCCCAAAAGGUGGCCAAUGGGUAAUGGACUCGAUUAUAUAAUUCAAGUCUAGUAGAAAAGUAUACCAGAAACUGAAAACUAUGAGAAAACAUGUAAGGCCUGUCGUUUGA